AUGUACCCCCUUCUUCCCUUUCCUAGCCAACUGUCCCUCUUCCUCCCUCAACAAUCUACUACUCCUUCAGGAGGCUCUCCCCCUAUUGCCAUGCUUGCUCCAGCACCCGACAUGAAGUUGCCAUCGAAAUCUCGAUCUGACAGAAGAGGAGAAAAAGCGAGUUUCUAUCUCCCCAUUGACUGCUCCGCAUCAUUUGCACUCUGCAAGAUUGAAGAAGGGAUGGAUGCUAAUGUUACCAAGCACAAAAUUGGCUAUCUUCCAACCUUUGAUGGAAAGCGAACAAGUAAAAAAUUAUACAUUAUCAAUAUUAAACCAGUACCCAAAGCUGAAGACCUUGGGAAACAUGGAAAAAGUCGUUGGUCCAAUACUCUAAAUGACACAAUCUUGUCCAACCCGGCUUCCAAAAAAUACACCAUACUCGAAAAACAAUGGGAGUGUCAUAGAUGUCGUAGUUACUGUUGGCCACAUACACAUGCAAGGGGAAAACACCUUCACCUUAGCAAUGCGACGCUGUCCUUAUGGGUGCAACAGUGGACUGACCGCAUCCCCGGAGUUGAUCUCCACAACCCCCCAGCCCAUCACUGGUUUGAUGUGGCAGCUUUGAGAAAACAGACCAAGGUUGUCAAUGAGAAGCAGCAUCAAGAAUCUAAGAAGCGUUCACGCAACACCAGUCCACCAAAAACCCCUACUAAAUCCAAAAAAGUCACCAGCCCUCCAGCAAAGAAGGUCAAGGUUGACAUGAUACCAGCCAAACAAGAGCCCGAAAAAGAAACCAUCAUCCUUUCUUCUGACCCAAUAACACCAGUAUUUCUCUGUCGCCGUUCAUCCAAAGUCGGAACUGACUUUGUUGAUCUUUCAUCUUCCCCCAUCCCAGGACCUUCCAAGAAGAAGGAUCCUGUUAUUUUCAACCUUUGCAGCGACAGUUCUGCUGAUGAUUUUGACAUAGAGUACACAAAAUGUUAG